UUGGAUUCUCCGAUAAAACGCUAAAGGUUCAAUCAAUGGAUUUAGACUCAUCAACACACGCAGGGGGUAUCGUUUAUGGAACUAUGACAGUAGUUGGCCACGAAUUGGGGCUGAAACGUAUAUGUCUGGAUUCUGUUGCUAAUCCGAGAACAAGUAGAAUUGAAGACGAGAUCUGCUUCCAAAUUAAUGUUACAACAGGAGAUAUUUUGGAACCAGACGAGACCAAUCCCUAUUUUGUAAAUCCAACUCUACCAACUUCAACGGUAUUACAGUGUGUCGUAAAUCAACAAUGUUACUUAAAUUUAUGGGCAAGAAACCGCGUGGGAGUUGAGAAAUGUCCACAACUGGAGGUCGACAAAACUAUUGAAGACGGAGUUUAUAUCUUUCCGCUUCGUGAUUCAACAAAUCAGCCAUGUGUGUUUGAAAGCGUGAUAUUGAUCGACAACGUCACUGAUCUUCAGCUAUGUUUCUCUCUAUCGUUAGAUUCUUCUUCAGAAAAUAUAGCAAAUGCUCAAAAGGAUACCAGAUGUUAUAUUAUUCGUGUGCUUCCCAAGGUUACAGUUAAAGGUUCCUGUGCUGGAAUGUCUUGUUACAAUGAGGGAUUUUGUGACGGAAGUUCGCCAUCUUCCCAAUGUCUUUGUCGAUCUGGUUUCUCUGAUUAUAACUGUUCUAAAGAUUUCGGGAUUGCUCAAGCAUUCAACAGUUGUACAAGUUCACAGGCAAUAUUUGGAGAUGUUGCUCUGCCCAAACUCAUAAGAUGCCCUCUACUCGAAAACUGCGAUAUACCAUUUUCAGUGACAGACACAAGCAAUUUAAACUCUUUUAAUGUCACAUGGAAUGGAACCAACUUCGACUCAGUUAAUAUUUCUCUCUCUCAAAUGUCUGGAUCUCGUGACUUUACUGGAAAUGCUGUAGUGGUACAUAACGCGACAGGAAAGCAUGAAUUCUGCCUGACUUUGGGCAUAAGGGGUUACGUUUACGACAGUGUUUGCUGUUUCAUUCUAACAGAACCGGAUAUUGUCCCUCAACUACCUGAUAACGGACAAAGCCUUUUUAUUUCCCCUUCACCGAGUAACAACUCGGAAUUCAGUUGCACUGCAGGGCAACCGUGUCACGUGAUAUUUAGAACAAGCAAGGGAGAUGAUCAGAAUUGUCCUGAGUUGCAUGACAGAUCGAGAAUGUCCGUUCAUAUUUUUACCGCACUGUCUCCCAACGAAUGUCAAAGGGACGUGUUGAUUGAAUCUCAAAACAGUACCCAGGGAACGGUGAAGUACUGCUUCCAGACAUCAUCUUCAGGUAUUCUUGGAGAAGUGAGGUGCAUGACCAUCCAUUUUGAAAACCAUGGCUUACCACCACCCCCUCCCACCACCACAACGACAACAACAGAAUCACCGACGACUGUCAUACCCAGUACAACAACCACACCAUCAGCCACGUCCGACAAUGAUCAUACAACAACUUCCGACAAUGAUCAUACAACAACUUCCAAUACAGUGUCUACGUCAUUACCAGGAAAUGGUCCAGAAUCAGCCACAAAUAAGGAAAUAUCCACAAGACAAACAGAGCAGCUUGCAUCAAAAGAGACAACACUAAUACUUGGAUCAGUGCAGACAAUAACAACGCUUGGCACAGCACAGACAACGCAAAUUCAACCAGAACAAACAAUAAUAGCACUAGAAACGGGAAGUCAGGCAACAACACUUCUAACAGUAGAAACAACAACAAUAACGCUUGCUGCAGGACAGACGACAACAACACUUGGUGCAGGUCAGACAACAACAACGCUUGCCGCAGGACAGAUAUCAACUCUUGGUUCAGAUCAGACAAAAACAACACUCGCUGCAGAACAGACAACACAAACAACAAUACCUGCUGCAGGAGAGACAACAACAACGCUUGCUGCAGGUCAGACAACAACGCUUGCUGCAGAAAGGACAACACAAACAACAAUGCCUGCUGCAGGAGAAACAACAACAACGCUUGCUGCAGGACAGACAACAACGCUUGCUGCAGGACAGAUAUCAACUCUUGGUUCAGAUCAGACAAAAACAACACUCGCUGCAGAACAGACAACACAAACAACAAUACCUGCUGCAGGAGAGACAACAACAACGCCUGCUGCAGGACAGCCAUCAACAACGCUUGCUGCAGGUCAGACAACAACAACGUUUGCUACAGAACAGACAACACAAACAACAAUGCCUGCUGCAGGAGAAACAACAACAACGCUUGCUGCAGGACAGACAACAACGCUUGCUGCAGGUCAGACAACAAUGCUUGCUGCAGAACAGACAACACAAAAAACAAUGCCUGCUGCGGGACAGACAACAUCAACGCUUGCUGCAGGUCAGACAACAACAACAAUGCCUGCUGCAGGAGAAACAACAAGAACGCUUGCUGCAGGACAGACAACAACGCUUGCUGCAGGUCAGACAACAAUGCUUGCUGCAGAACAGACAACACAAAAAACAAUGCCUGCUGCGGGACAGACAACAUCAACGCUUGCUGCAGGUCAGACAACAACAACAAUGCCUGCUGCAGGAGACACAACAACAACGCUUGCUUCAGGACAGACAACAACAACAUUUGCAACGGGAAGGACAGUUACAACAAUGCAAAAUAAAAGAGAAACAUGUGAUGUUGUAGAUGUUCAGGAAUGGGCGAAAAAGGGGCGCGUGAAGUGUGAGUGUUUCCAUCCUACCGGCGGGACCACAACAACGGUCAUUGCCAAGAACCCGCACGUCUCUGGGAAAUCCCUGAUGGUGGCUGCGGGGCUAGGAUCCGGAGCCAUGGUAACCAUGCUGGGUACGGGCGUGCUGCUGUAUGCUGUCUCCCAGAAAUACUUCGGUCCCAGAAAAACCGGACCCGGCAGUGACACAAACCAGCAGAAGAAAAAACUAAGCGUCGCCAGCUGUCCAGACAAAAAACAACUGCAAUGAUAACAAAACCUGCUUUGUCGUAGUGUUGACUUUUUUAGCUUUAUUAAUUUGUCAAUGAUUUUUAAAGUCUCACAUAUUUGUGGAAUAAAUAGUUGUUUGCAUUAU